AUGACCAAGACUGUUGAUGAAGCUAAGGUUCUUAUUGAGAAUCUUGCAGCUAGUGAUUGUAACAACUGUCCUGAUUAUGACCGCUCAAGCCGCACCACUACUAGCUCCCCUGAUUCUUUUCAAAUGACUGAACUCAAGAACAUGAUGGCUCAAGUUCUUAAGGGACAGCUCAAGCAUAUCAAUGCAAUAGAAGGGAUGAGUGAUGCUAAUGAAGAUUCAUCAAGAGAAUGCAUGGGAGAUUUCUCUAAUGAAGCCAAUGAAGAAGAUGUGAACUACAUUGGAAACUAUGGGAACAAGGGAUACAAUCCAAGCUAUCGCCCAAACCCCAACAUGUCUUAUAGAAACCCCAAUGUGGAGAAUCCUCAAGACCAAGUGUAUCCUCCAAGGUAUCCACAACAACAAAGACCUCCUUACCAAUCUCAAGGAAGUCAAUUUCAGCCAAGGCAAGGAUAUGAGCAGAGAUCAUCAUAUCCGCCCAAGGAGCCAUAUGCUUCUUCACCAAAUCAAGCUCCUCCAAACCAACAAGGUGGGAGAUUUGAAGGAAUCCUCCAACAGAUCAUGGAUGGCCAGAAGAGAAACACUAAAGAGAUGUAUGAGAAGAUGGACACUUUGUUCAGCAAUCUCAACACCAAGUAUGAUGCUGUUGCCACUCAUGUGAAGAAACUAGAGACUCAAGUCACUCAAACUAUGGAAGCUGUUAAGAGACAGGAAGCUGAAUCCAAGAAGUCCUUUUGCAACUCAGCCGCCAUAGAAGAAAGAUUUGAAGACCAAGUUCCAGAAUGGAUGCUUUCAAAACCUACUGUUGAUUGCAUGAUUUGGCCUGAAGAGAAUUACCCAGAGAGAGAGUCCAAUCGAGCUAGAAAGAGAAGACUCUUCCCAAAGAUUAUCCCCAAGACAGAUAACUCAGGAAAGUUUGUGUGCCUUGUAUCAUCAAAGAUUGGAAAUUGCUCUAUCCCUACUGAUUUCCAGAUUGUGGAAAUGAGAGAGAGUAGCCAUAGACCUCUCAUAUUUGGAACCCCUUUCCUGUCUACUGUGGGUGCCAUAUUUGAUUUCCCCAAUCAAAGAAUCUCUUUCAACAAGGUGAACAAGGGUAUGUUCUUCCCUAUGUGUUCAACAAAGAACUCUUUUGUUGACAUGGUCCAAGAGGAGAAAGCUACUUUGAAGCCACCCCAAGAAGGAGAAACUGAAGAAACAAUCAAGGAAGAUCCCAUUCCUAAGCCCAAGCAGCUUGCCAAACAAGCAAGGAGUAAGACUAAGGCCCCUACACCAAAACCGCCCAAGGGAUCAACCAAGAUUGAAGAUGAGGCCAAGCCAAGAAGGAAGGUUAGAAAACCUAGGUCUGGCCGCAACAUGAAGCUUCUAUUCCCAGAGGAGCUUAUUGAUGAGAAUCUAGAAGGAUUCAAGGAGAGAGUGACAAGAACUCUAAAGCUUUUUCCUAAGGCAGUAGUGCCAAGGGACAUUCAUGGAGAGAUUGUCUAUCCAGCUGUGAAUCACCCACCAGAUACUCAUUGCAAGGAGAAAAGACUUGGAGGAUCAAGAUGCCUCUUGUCUCCAUCUUCUCCUGAGCGCCAAGCCUUACAGUCAAGCUAA